AAAAAAAGAACCCGAUAUUGAGUCGCUUCGAGUUGUUGAAAAUCCGAGAGAGGGAGCUGCUCUGGUGGUUAUUCAGAAACAUCAAUCGAUCCAAACAUGCAACAGGGUACUGGAGCAUCUGAGACGGACGUUACCUGGGAAGACCAGCAGAACAUUAACAAAUUUGGAAGAUUAAACAAUCGAUUUCAUGAGCUGGAAGAUGAAAUCAAGUUUGUCAAGGAAACAAUCGAUAACCUAGAGGAUGCUAGUAACGAGUUGAUUCUAACUGACGAGGACGUAGUACGGUUCCAAAUUGGAGAAGUCUUUGCUCAUGUCCCCAAGGAGGAAGUGGAGACCAGGAUAGAAGAGAUGAAGGAAGUGAGCAGCAAGAACUUAGAAAAAUUUGAGGAGGAGAAAGAAUCAGUAGUGGCACAAAUGGGCGAGUUGAAGAAGGUUUUGUAUGGGAAGUUCAAGGACUCCAUCAACCUAGAAGAGGAUUAAUACCCUCAGUUUGUUUUCCUUUUCCUCCAAGUUUGAUUACUACUUGCUUUGUGAUUGAUAUUAGAGCAUUAGCCAUCUUUUAUUUCGAUUUUAAGGUUUGUCACCCUAUUCUCCUCCGGGAUUUCCUCUUUGACAUAAACCUAUAGACAGAUCUAUGAAUGAAAUGAACUUUUGAAAUUGUUGCUU